ACCAAUAGUUACCUACAGGUACAGGCUACAGCCACCACUACCACUGUCCACUACUCCGAAGGGCGCAGCAUCAAGUAACCAGAGCCACCAAAGGCGUGACCCAGUGGGUGAGGAAGGAAGAACUGAAGAACAGCAGGGCGAACGGAGCAGCUAGCGGCCAUGGGCGAGGAGGAGAAGGGCAAGGAGGCGGCAGCCGAGAAGAGCGAGGAGGCGGAGGAGAAGAAGGAGGAAGGGGCGGGAGCGGAGGAGAAGGGUGAAGAGAAGAAGGAAGAUGUGCCGCCGCCGCCGCCGGAGGAGGUGGUCAUGCGGGUGUACAUGCACUGCCAGGGCUGCGCUCGUAAAGUAAAGAAGAUACUCAAAGGAUUUGAUGGAGUGGAAGAUGUUAAUGCAGACUCAAAAGCACACAAGGUAGUUGUGAAGGGCAAGAAGGCUGCUGCCGACCCAAUGAAGGUGGUGGAGCGUGUGCAGAAGAAGACAGGCCGCAAAGUUGAGCUUCUGUCACCAAUGCCGCCACCAAAGGAGGAAAAGAAGGAAGAGGAGAAGAAGGAAGAACCUGAGCCACCAAAACCUGAAGAGAUAAAGGAGCCCAUGGUGAUAGCCGUGGUGCUGAAGGUGCAUAUGCAUUGCGAGGCCUGUGCGCAAGUGAUCAAGAAGAGAAUCCUGAAGAUGAAAGGAGUGCAAUCAGCAGAGCCAGAUCUGAAGGCAUCACAAGUUACAGUGAAGGGUGUGUUUGAGGUGGCCAAGCUUGCUGAUUAUGUGCGUAAGCGCACUGGUAAGCAUGCCGACAUUGUCAAGUCUGAACCAGUUGAAUCACCUGAGAAUGCCGGUGACAGCAAUGACAAGGAUGAAGCGAAGGCAGCUGAAGGUGGUGAGGAGAAGAAGGAUGAAAGCAAGGAGGAAAAGGAUGCCGGUGAUGCUGCAGGGGAUGAGAAGGCAAAGGAGAAAGAGAAGGAUGAUACCAAUGCCGGCGAUGAAGAGAAGGACUAUGAGAAAGAUCACACAGCCAUGUCUGCUGCUAACUUGUAUAUGCAUCACCCAAGAUACAGCUACCCCACUGGAUACGGUGCUCCUGCUAACGCCUACCCAUACGCACCGCAGCUCUUCAGCGACGAGAAUCCAAAUGCUUGUUCUGUGAUGUAAAAAGUUUAUAACCAUGAGCGCAAAAUGUGAGAGUAAUAAGAGGAAAAUGGUACAUCCAAGGUCCCUAGUUUUGGAAUAGUGCUGCAAGAACAGCCCUUGACGGGCAGCUUUAAGGAGGACCAAGCUCUUUUGGCUACAAGUUUUCAUUUGGGUCUCUUAACUUCUCUCUGGUAAUUAAAAUGUAAACUCUGGGUUUUGUCUUAGUUCUUCUCUUCAUGGACAUCAUCUUAUGAAAGUUAAAUGUAGGAUUUUACAUUGGCUGUCCUUUCUGUACAAAUUAUAUUAUAUAUACUGCUAGUUUUGAUA